GCCUUCCCGUCUCCGCCGUGAGAAAAUAACCCUGAAGUUGCCCGCGGUCAGCUGAUCCCGGCUGACAACGAGGGGAGAGGGCGGAGGGCGGCGGGUCCUGCCCUGCCGGGCGCCUCGCCUGCAUGGUCGGGUCGCCGCCCCGGCCUCUGGGGUGGAGAACCGGGACACCCCCCCGGGGCGCGGCGGGGGAGGGGAGGAGGAGGAAGCCGCGGCCGGGACCCGACUCCUUAGUCACCGGGUGCCGGCGGGAGGAAGGGGAAGAACGGUGGCCGCCGGCUGGUAAACAAUAGCCCGGCUCGCGGCGCCCCGCCGGCUUUGUUUCCCCGCCCGCCGCCGCCGCCGGGCGGGAGGAAGGCGGGGGGGUUCCCCCGUCCUCCCCUGCUGCUGCUCGGCAUCAGAGGGCGCCGCGCUGGGCGCAGCCCCCAGGGAAAUACUUGCCCUGUCUGCUGAAGUACACCAGGCUGGGGUUUUUCCCAUCGCUGAAAAUACAUUGUACAGCUAAGCAGAGAAAGAAUGUAUACCAGCGUUCGGGUAUAACAAUACAUGAAACCAGCUACAUUGUUUAAGUUUAUUUUGGACAAAGGAAACUUCAUCUGCGUUUAACAAGACUCUUCGGGGGAGGCAGAAACAGGAGGCAAAAACGUUGCUUUAAAGAAAUCUGAAGAUGAGCGCCCACACACAAACUGCAGAGAAGGGACAGAACACGACACUCCUGUGCCAGGAAAGCUAUGUUUGCAGUGGGACAGAUGAAGCAAUCUUUGAGUGUGACGAGUGCAGGAGCCUACAGUGCCAGCGUUGUGAAGAAGAGCUGCAUCAGCCAGAAAGGUUACGGAACCAUGAACGGACCCGUAUCAGACCCGGCCAUGUCCCGUACUGUGACUCCUGCAAAGGUGCCAAUGGGAACAUAAUGCACGCCAGUAUGACGGGCUCGAGGCAGAUAGCAGCGGUGAGGUGCCAGGUGUGCAAAAUCAACCUCUGUGUGGAGUGUCAGAAGAGAACACAUGCUGGGGGGAACAGAAGGAAGCACCCUGUCACCGUGUACCAUGCUGGCAAAGCCCAAGAGCAGCAAGAGGAGGAGGGGAUGGAUGAGGAGACCAAGAGAAGGAAGAUGACAGAGAAAGUUGUGAGUUUCCUCUUGGUGGAUGAAACUGAGGAGAUUCAGGUAAGGAAUGAAGAAGACUUUAUUAAGAAACUGGACUGCAGUCCUGAUCAGCAUCUAAAGGUAGUGUCCAUCUUUGGGAACACAGGGGAUGGCAAGUCUCACACCCUUAACCACACUUUCUUCUAUGGCCGGGAAGUCUUCAAGACGUCUCCAGCCCAAGAGUCUUGCACAGUUGGAGUCUGGGCAGCCUACGACCCUGUCCGCAAAGUGGUCGUAAUUGAUACAGAGGGCCUCCUGGGGGCCACUGUGAACCUGAGCCAGAGAACACGGCUGCUGCUGAAGGUCCUGGCCAUCUCUGACCUUGUCAUCUACCGUACUCGUGCUGACAGGCUCCACAAUGAUCUCUUCAAAUUCCUUGGUGAUGCCUCGGAGGCUUAUUUAAAACAUUUCACCAAGGAGCUAAAAGCUACCACAGCCCGUUGUGGCCUAGAUGUUCCUCUGUCAACUUUGGGUCCAGGUGUCAUCAUCUUUCACGAGACUGUGUACACCAAGCUACUGGGCUCUGAUCAUCCUUCUGAGGUUCCUGAGAAGCUCAUUCAGGAUCGGUUUCGGAAGCUAAGCUGUUUUCCUGAGGCUUUCAGCUCAAUCCACUACAAGGGAACAAGGACAUACAAUCCUCCAACAGAUUUCUCUGGACUUAGACGAGCUGUGGAGCAGCAGCUGGAGAACAAUACCACUCGGUCACCUAGACAGCCUGGGGUUAUCUACAAAGCACUAAAAGCUCUAAGCGACCGGUUCAGUGGGGAGAUCCCUGAUGACCAGAUGGCUCACAGCUCUUUCUUUCCAGAUGAAUAUUUCACAUGCUCCUCUGUGUGCCUCAGCUGUGGGUGUGGCUGUAAGAAGAGCAUGAACCAUGCAAAGGAAGGAGUCCCUCAUGAAUCCAGAAGUCGAUGCAGAUAUUCUCACCAGUAUGAUAACAGAGUCUACACUUGCAAGGCCUGUUACGAACGAGGGAUGGAGGUCAGCGUGGUGCCAAAAACCUCUGCUUCCACUGACUCCCCUUGGCUGGGCCUUGCCAAGUAUGCCUGGUCAGGAUAUGUGAUUGAGUGCCCCAACUGUGGGGUGGUGUACCGCAGCCGACAGUACUGGUUUGGCAACCAAGAUCCUGUGAACACUGUAGUGAGGACAGAAAUUGAGCAUGUCUGGCCAGGGACUGAUGGAUUUCUGAAAGACAACAACAAUGCAGCCCAGCGUCUGUUGGAUGGGAUGAAUUUCAUGGCACAAUCAGUAUCUGAACUUAGCCUGGGACCCACAAAAGCUGUGACCUCCUGGUUGACAGACCAGAUUGCCCCAUCUUACUGGAGACCCAACUCUCAGAUCCUGAGUUGUAAUAAGUGCAACAUGCCUUUUAAAGAUAACGACACUAAACAUCACUGCCGGGCCUGUGGAGAGGGCUUCUGUGAUGGCUGUUCUUCCAAGACCCGUCCAGUGCCUGAACGAGGCUGGGGACCAGCACCAGUGCGCGUGUGUGACAACUGCUAUGAAAACAGGGGCAUCCAGUUAGAUGUGGCUGAGCUGCCUUCAGAUGAGGAAGGGGGGACGCUUAUUGCCAGGAAGGUGGGGGAAGCUGUGCAGAACACGCUUGGAGCAGUGGUGACAGCCAUGGACAUUCCCUUAGGUCUGGUAAAAGAUGCUGCCCGACCUGCAUACUGGGUACCAGACCAUGAAAUCCUGCAUUGCCACAACUGCCGGAAAGAAUUCAGUAUCAAACUCUCCAAACACCACUGUCGGGCCUGUGGCCAGGGAUUCUGUGACGAGUGCUCACACGACCGCAGAGCGGUGCCCUCUCGUGGAUGGGAUCACCCAGUCCGAGUUUGCUUUAACUGCAAUAAAAAGCCUGGUGACCUUUAACCCCCAGGCUCUUCUCCAGAUCUUUGCAAUUCCUUAUGUUCUCAGGGUUACAAAUGAAAACAUAUGGUCUCCCUUUCACCUCUUAACCUGUUGCAGCCAGAGUGCAUGUUUCCAGUGUCUGGCCUCCUCUCGUGUUAUGUCCAUCUUGGAACGCUGGGAAUGAGCUUAUGUUCAGCCUCUAGGUUUUAAUUUCAAAUUAACUGGGGAAGGGAGGGAGCUCCCUUGUAAAUGAGCAAACCAAAAUUCAGUGUAUUUUAUUCCAAUUAAAAAAAAUAUAUAUCUCUA